UUUUUAUUUUAAUAUUAUAGCCUAUUUAUGUUCAAAUAACUCAUAAAUGCGAACAGACUGACUUUUAUUCUCGUUUUUUUAUUAGCCUGACUUUAAGUAAACUUUACAUUUGAAUUUAAACCAAAGCUUAUAUGAGCAAAAAACACUUUACGUAAACGGGCCUGGCUCUCGCUGCUGUUAACUCUAACGUGACUUCUCCGGAGCAGAGUCACGUUACGUCUCCUCCCACAGAGAGUUUGCGCCAAUCAGCGCCUCGCCGUCAAACAUAAAUCCAGGCAUCGCCUCCUCAGCUUCUAGACCCUUUAGACAUCCACCAAGAGAGCACUUCUCAGUCUCAUUUCUCUGUAAAGUCACUCUCUCAGAUUGACGCAAUAGAAAGUGAUUAUUUGCAAGUUGCGUUUUUUGUCUGCGGCAUUUUAAAAACUCCAGGGAGCGUCAAAACUUGUGAUUUUUGCGCCUUUCCCCACCUUUCAAGGAUUCAACUGCGCCAUUCAAGCUGUGCGCCCUCUUAGGCUGUCGCUGCAGUCUUUGGGCACAGCGCUUGGAUCUAGAAAGAAGGAUUUCCUCCUUUUCUUUCCUGCGAGACGCCGAUCUUUAAUUUUCUCGCAUGAAUCUCCUCGACCCCUACCUGAAGAUGACAGAAGAACAGGAGAAGUGUCACUCCGACGCUCCCAGCCCCAGCAUGUCUGAGGACUCCGCGGGCUCGCCGUGCCCGUCCGGCUCCGGUUCGGACACCGAGAACACCCGGCCGUCCGACAACCACCUCCUCGGGGGACCGGACUACAAGAAAGAGGGCGAAGAAGAGAAGUUCCCCGUGUGCAUUCGCGACGCCGUGUCCCAGGUGUUGAAGGGCUACGACUGGACGCUGGUGCCGAUGCCGGUGCGCGUCAACGGCUCGAGCAAAAGCAAGCCGCACGUCAAGCGACCCAUGAACGCGUUCAUGGUGUGGGCGCAGGCGGCGCGCAGGAAGCUGGCGGAUCAGUACCCGCACCUGCACAACGCGGAGCUGAGCAAGACGCUGGGGAAACUCUGGCGAUUGCUCAACGAAGUAGAGAAGCGCCCGUUCGUGGAAGAAGCGGAGCGUUUGAGGGUGCAGCAUAAGAAGGAUCACCCCGACUACAAGUAUCAGCCGAGGCGGAGGAAGUCGGUGAAGAACGGACAGAACGAGCCGGAGGACGGCGAGCAAACCCACAUCUCCCCCAACGCGAUCUUCAAGGCGCUGCAGCAGGCCGACUCCCCGGCGUCCAGCAUGGGCGAGGUGCACUCCCCCGGAGAGCAUUCAGGUCAGUCCCAGGGCCCACCGACUCCCCCCACCACCCCCAAGACAGACCUGCCCGCCAGCAAGGCCGACAUGAAGCGCGAGGGGCGCCCCAUGCAGGAGGGCACCAGCCGUCAGCUCAACAUCGACUUCGGAGCCGUGGACAUCGGCGAGCUGAGCAGCGAGGUCAUCUCCAACAUGGGCAGCUUCGACGUCGACGAGUUCGACCAGUACCUGCCGCCCCACAGCCACGCCGGGCUCACCGGCGCGGCCCAGGCAGCCUACGCCGGCGGCUACGGCCUCAGCGGCUCCUCGGCCGCCCAGGCGCCCAGCGUGGGCGCCCACGCCUGGAUGUCCAAGCAGCAGCAGCAGCAGCACUCUCUCACCACCCUGGGUGGAGCGGCAGAGCAAGGCCAGCAGGCUCAACAGAGAACCACCCAGAUCAAGACGGAGCAGCUGAGCCCCAGCCACUACAGCGAGCAGCAGGGCUCCCCCCAGCACGUCACCUACGGCUCCUUCAACCUGCAGCACUACAGCGCCUCCUCCUACCCCUCCAUCACCCGAGCCCAGUAUGACUAUUCAGACCACCAAGGCGGUGCCAACUCCUACUACAGCCACGCCACGGGCCAGGGCUCCGGCCUCUACUCCACCUUCAGCUACAUGAGCCCCAGCCAGAGGCCCAUGUACACGCCCAUCGCCGACACCGCCGGGGUGCCGUCUGUGCCGCAGACCCACAGUCCACAGCACUGGGACCAGCAGCCCAUUUACACGCAGCUGUCCCGGCCCUGAGCGGGCGGCCUCGGCUCUGACUGUACAACACCCACGGCGUCCAUAGACCUCUGUCCUCCCGGUGGCCUUGGUGCCACCGUGUCACACACUUCUCACUGCCAACAGAAAAACACCAUAAAGGACUUUUUUUUUAUAGUACUGAAAAUAUAUCCUCGGAUUGGCUCACGACAGUGCCUUUUGUAUUGGUUGGAAUUGUGAUUAUAUUUUUUUAGAUAUGUUUAAAAAAAUCCUCUGUGAGGACAUACUGGGUAUAAAUAUUUUAGUAUGUACUGUGUAUGUGUUCUGCUCUUGUCGCCACCAUUAUAUUCAGUGUCAUCACCAUCGUCGUUCAUUCGUCAUGAUUUGAAGGUUCAGCGCGUUCUACGGAGCAGGAAAGCCGGGUACAAACACCCUCAGUGGCCUUACUUCAACUAAUGUAUUUUUGUACAGGAAGUAAGAAACAUGAGUUUACUGACACUGCCGUCUUAUAAUAGCCUACCUUCUGCUUUGAAUUUUUGUACUGUACAUAUUCUAUUGUAAGUCCUUUUGAGAUGAACAACGCAGGCUGGAGGUAGAUUCGAAUGUUUGGCCGUGAUGGGAGUUCGUCAGACAUCCUGCUACUUGCUCUCGGCUCGUGUUGGAAAACGCUACAGCAGGUGCCAUGUAACUCUAGGGGCCUUAAGGCGUUGCUGGACGUAACUGAGCAACGCUUGCUUUCAUCCGGGUACUGCCUUGAUACCGUUUGUGCCUGUGGAGCCACGGCGGAGGCUCGGCCCGCUGGCGCCGUGGCUUCUCGCUCCAGGAGAUCCAGGAAGUAACCUCUGACCCGGUUCUCCUCUCAGCGGCGGGCAGGUUUGCGUCUGGUGUGCUUCUAUAUUUCCUACAGCCUCAUACUUUUCCUAACCUCCUUUUUUCUUAAUUUAUUCUUUAGCGUUAAUUUUAUUUGAAAAUAACUAUUUGCAAUUAUCUUUUUGAAUUCAGCAGCAGCUAUCUGAGAUGAAAGGUUUUCAGUGCAAUAGUUUGCUGCCAUAUGUGGUACAAAAUUGUUUAUUUAUCAUUUGUAAAUGUUUCCAUAUAAAAGUUUUGUUUAUUCGUGAUCUAGUUAUGUGCAGAUUACUUAUAAUUACAGGAUACGUCCUUUCUUUUCUCUCUCUAACAAAUGAAUUAAUGGAUAUGGAAGCAGCGGCUGUUUUGUAAAGAAUUUGCUGGAAUCAACAGGACACUUUUUGUUUUGAAAAAGUUGUGUUGCUCAUGUUAUAUUCUGUAUCAUUAGUUCUCAUGUUGUCAUCUCCUUAAUGCAGUUUCCUUAGGUAAACACAGCAUUGUCUUAAACGCUUUUUUUCUUUUGUAUGAUAUUGUUUGCAAUAAAAACAAAACACUGA